CAUUCGAAACGCGUCGUCGUCGGUGUCCGUGUCACUGUCCCGCACGCGUCACGAUCUUUUCUUCUUUUCACGUUCAUACGGGGUGCUCUCGUUCCGCGGCUCGACGAGUAUUAUCUCGUUUGUUAUCACCCAGAGUUCGCAAAGUUCGCAAUAUUUUCCUUUUCUCUCAUUUUUUUUUUUCGACGCGAGUUAACCUGUAAAGAAUUGUCUCGGCGCGAGACGAUGAUUCUCGCGAUCGGCGCCACGGCGCGAUAACGCGAUCGAGGAAACGAUCUUUAGGAUUUACGAGGAAUCCGUUCUCGUUUCGUCUCGUCGUUCGCGUUUCAUUUUUUUUCCCCGGCCGACUUAAACGCGCGGCGAUCGAAUGCGCCUCGUUGGAUGCUUCCGGCAGUGGUCGCUCUGGAAGCCCGUGCUCACCGCGGUACCGUAAACGGGUGCUGCAAAUCCAGGUAGCACCGGUGGCCGCGAUGGACGCGCGCGUGGUCGUCGGUGCGCCGGUCGCGGAAGAGACAUCGGUAGCAGUGGCGGUGGCGGCGGCUGCGGCAGCGACGCGAGGCGUCGCGACGCCCUCGCCAAUACCUUCCACGCCGAGCACCCCCGUAACCGCUACCAGCAACGGCAGCGGCGGUACGACCGUCGUCGCGACGCCCGCGUCCGCAUCCUGCGUCUCGCAGAAUCCCGUCGUCGUUGUGGCCAAUCCUUCCAGUAACCAUCAGCAACCAGCCGGCGUGCCGGUCGCCGCCGUGCCUAGGAUACUCGGCAGAAAUGUCAACGGCACCUUGGUGCAGACGUCCGUGCCGCAAAAUGAGGCCGAAUUGCAGUUGUACAGAGUGAUGCAGCGCGCCUCGCUAUUGGGAUAUUACGACACACUCCUCGAGAUGGGAGGCGAUGAUGUGCAACAAUUGUGCGAUGCAGGCGAAGAGGAGUUUCUGGAAAUUAUGGCGCUGGUUGGCAUGGCGAGCAAGCCGCUUCACGUCAGGAGGCUUCAGAAAGCUCUUCAAGAAUGGCUCACUAAUCCUUCAUUAUUUCAAACGCCAGUCGUCCCCACGAAUGCCGCCGCCAAAAGUUCCGUCGCCGUCACCGUGGGUUUCGCGUGUGCGAGUCCGCGGUCGCAAAUGCAGAGCCUGCCGACGAGUUUCAGCGCAACUUCCCAGACUUCCUUGACGUCGAUGCCCUAUGUAACGACGACGCCUCACGUGCCGCUGACACCGUUGCCUUGCCGAAGCGCCAGUCCGGUCGUGCCGGUCACCAGUGUGCCCGUACCGACGUCCUCUACGACCUUUCGUCAAAGCCCGAGUCCAAACACCUCUUUACCUUACACGACUACGCACAGUCCGAAUGUGUUGCAGGUAGGAACGUGCGAAUCUUCUUGCGGUAGCGGCACGACGCCAAGCCCGAGUGGCGGCGGCGGCGGCGGCGGGGGUGGAGGCGCACCUGCGAGUCCGACGCAGCCGACGCCGACCCUUCUGCAGUCGCAGGUGCAACGGCUCGCCGAGGCUGCGGAGAGGCUUGUCGCUACUAUAAGGCCCCUUGAUCCUAAGCCUCAUAACGUGAAGAAAAAACUCUGCAAGAACUUGGAGAUGGUAAUGACAAUGCCUGACAGUGAUCCGCGCAAAAUGGAUGAAAUUCGAAAGUACGCUGCGAUUUAUGGUAGAUUCGACUGCAAGAGAAAGCCGGAGAAACCGCUUACGUUACACGAGGUGUCUGUGAACGAAGCGGCGGCUCAAAUUUGCAGAUUCGUGCCUGCUCUCCUCACCAGGAGAGACGAACUGUUUCCUUUGGCGCGUCGUGUGGUCCGCGAUUCCGGCUACCAUUAUUCCAAAAACCAAUACUUAUCGAUGUUGAAAUCGCGCGAAAACGGGGAGGAGACCGAUAACAGCGAGCGUUCGAAACGCCGAAAGCUCGAGUUGGAGGGUGAGGGUGAGGACGCGACGCAGGAGGAGUUGGAUCUUCGUUGUUCCGGGGCGGACAUUGAUAAUUCUAUCACAAGAAGACACAAAUCAUCGAGUCCAGUCUGGAGGAAGAAGAAUAACAAUGGCAUAUUCAGUGCUAGCGUGGAGGAAAUCAGCGAUUCGGACAGCCAAUUUUCAUUCUCUAACGAGGAAUCUUCGUCUAUGCAUGAUACAAACGAGGCGGAGGCUGAAAACAGCGACAAAGAAAGCGAUUUUAAUCUAAAGGUAAUAGCCUCGCGCGGAGACAACAUAAUAGCCGUGGCAAAUCCUGCGUUAAUGGAAUGCAGUCAUCCUAUAAAAGAGGAGCCCGCGGACGAGAAAUCCACACUGUGAUAUUACUUAGCGUUAUUUACUGCCAUACUAUCGACGUUACAAUGGCUAGUUCUGCUGGUCACGUUAUCACGAAUCCUCUUACGCCGAUAUAUAUAUAUAUAUAUAUAUAUAUAUAUAUAUAUAUAUAUAUAUAUAUAUGUCAUAUGUUAUCAAAUAACGAUAGCAUUCGUGACGUUUGCUGUAAUCAUGAGACUUAUUCGCUAUUUAAUAUUUUCGCACUAUGUGAUCGCGAUCUUUUUGAACGUGAUGUUUACGUUUAUUCAAAUGAUGUGAGAAAUAUUUAUGAUACUGCCUCUGUUAUCUGAUUCUAGCGAAAUACAAACAUAUACGAUAUUGUAUAGCGAUUACGAUGAGUGUUUAUAGAGAGAAAGAGCGAGAGACAAAAAGCGAUAGGAAAUAAAAAUAAACCUUUAAAUCAAAAGAUCGACUGAAGUACGUAGUAUUAUAAAAUGUAUAUCGUAAGAGCAAAUAUGUAAAUAU